GACAGUUGUGCAGCUGGCAGGAGAGCAGUGCUGUGUGGGAUAGGGGGUAAUAUGUAGCCACCUUAAUAUUUGCACAGGGUCACCAGUACAAGCCUGCCCAUGCUACUCAGGCCACACUGCUAAUUUAUUGCACUAGCUUGAGCAGAGCUAGCACAUCCAUAGCAAUCUAAACUGGCAAUUACGCCUGCCAGCUGCAGUGCAGACAGCUCCCUGGUGGCCAUGGCAAUAGAGUGGAAACAGGAAAAGCUCACCAGUUUCCAACCCCAAUCCCAGGCUGCAAAUGAAGGUUUUUCUCAAAUGAGUCAUUCACUUUAUACACUCUGUAUUCACUUUCUACUUCUGAUGUACUAACACUAUUUUGGAAAAUUCAGGGAACAGACAUUGCAUGGGAACGUUUAGAGCCAAGCAAAUUAAUUUUACUGCACUGCUUUAUUUUUAAAGGGAUUUUUUCUUCAAUGCCAAGAAAACAGUGAGAACUUUAACUAUAUUCAAAAUCCAUGGCUGGAGGAGGGAAGAUGAUGUCCUUGGACCAACUGCAGAACACAACCCAUAAGCCGGCUGUUCCAUACACUGGGACAAUUCUUGGUGGUCUUCAUCCUGGAGAAUUAGUUUUAAUACGAGGGAAUGUUCCUGAUGAUUCUGACAGGUUCCAGGUGGACUUCCAGUGUGGCAAUAGCACAAAACCUCGGGCUGAUGUGGCCUUUCACUUCAAUCCCCGCUUCAAAAGAUCUGGCUUCAUAGUUUGUAACACUCUGGAAAAAGAAAGAUGGGGUUGGGAGGAGAUCACUUAUGAGAUGCCUUUUCAAAAAGGGAAGCCAUUUGAGAUUGUCUUUAUGGUUUUGAAGGAUAAAUUUCAGGUGUCUGUAAAUAAAAACCAUUUGUUGCUGUACAACCACAGAGUUAACCUGGAAAGAAUAGAUACACUCGGGAUAUAUGGAAAAGUACAGAUUCAGACUAUAGGGUUUGUUUCUAAUAAUUUUUUACAAGGCUCUCAGUCAUCAUCUCUAGGAAUAACAAAGAUAAACUCAGCAAAUGGAGAAGUUCCUGAUGGUUCACAAUUUGUGGUUCCUUAUGUUGCAAGGCUUAAUUCUGCACUUCGUUCUGGACGUACAAUUGUCAUCAAAGGGGAAGUGAAUAAAAACGCAAACAGCUUUGCUGUUAAUCUGAAAUCAAGCGACUCAAAGGAUAUUGCAUUGCAUCUGAAUCCCCGAAUAAAAACAAAAGUUUUUGUGAGAAAUUCCUAUCUUUAUGAUAGCUGGGGAGAAGAAGAAAAGGAUGUCAUUCAUUUCCCUUUCAGUCCAGGAAUGUACUUUGAGCUGUUACUUUUUUGUGAUGUUCAUCAUUACAAGGUUGCCAUAAAUGGUGUGCACAUCCUGGAGUAUAAACAUAGAUUUAAACAGCUUGAAAAGAUCAACGUAUUGGAAGUUACUGGAGACAUUCAGUUAUUGGAUGUAAGGAGCUGGUAGCAUUAUACAGAUUUUCACCAUAUGUUAACCUGUAAUUCUUCCUCCCCGGCCCCCAUGUCUCUCCCUCAAGUACGUACCGGUAUUGAAUAGUCCAGAUCCUUGUCCUAUCUAAGUUUCUGUACUGGUGCUGAUCAGAAAGUUGAGCACCAGGAGUUAUAAUCCUAUUAGAUUAAGUCUUCCUCAGUUUUCAGUAUUGUGGCAAACUAAAGUCACAUUAUCUGCUUCACUAGUCAUAGAUCUCCUGACAUAUGAAGAAUUGUUAUUAUACUUAAUAUAAUGCAAUAUUUACAGUAUUCCUAAUAAGUGCAAAAUAUUUUGUAUACUAAAACUGGUUCCCAAUCUUUGUUAUACUGCAGACCAACAAACCCAAUCACAAACUUUUGGCAGACUGGUAAUGUUUGCAAAUUCACAUUCAUUAUGCAAAUACUGAAAAUGCAAAUAAUGUUACCAGUUGGCCUGAAGCCCUGGGCCCCCGAGCUGCUGCAAACAGCCAGCUUCAGCUCCAGCACAUGCGAUGUGGGGGGCAGCUGAAGCCAACUGUUUAUGGCAUCUCUGGGGGAUAGGGUACACCCCAGCCCCUUAAGCCUUCCAGUGCCAGCCCUAACCCCUUCAGCCCCCCAGCACUAGCUACUGACCCAGGAGUCCCCUGCAUCCAACCCUCCCCUCAGGCCUCCUCAGCAUCUGAGAGGAUAUCCUGUCCCUGGUUGGCUGAGAGGUGGGGCAGGUCAUGCCUCUCCCAGCAGGCGCAGCAGGAGGUGAGGUGCUGGGUGGUGUUGUCCAGCCCCCUGAGCUGCUGUGGUCCAGAAGCAAGCGGUUUACGGCCUGGCAGUUGGGAACCAUUGUUAUAACAUGCUAAUAACUAUAAAGUCAGUAUUGUCUGUUGAUAAAAGUUGGAUUGGAACAUCUGAAAAUGGAUUGUCAACCCUUAAGGGAUCUAAUCAAGUUCUAAGUGUAUUUUAACCCUCAUUGUUUAUAUGCAAAGUUAAUUGGAAAUUACAUAGAAAUAAUGUACUCUAAUUUAGGGAAAGCAUAUUUCAAGCCUAGGUGCUUUAUUUUUUUUAAAAUGCUGAUUUAACUGUUGAAAUUAGUAGCAUUGGACCAGUGUAAACCUGAAGAAAUGCAAUGGUGAAUCAGAACCCAGCUAUAUUAAAGUAGCUAAUGUGAGUGUUCUCUAUACAUCUUGAAUAGAUAAUUCAAUCCCAAGCUUAAAAUAUUUAACUGAAGCUACCUCACACAACAUGGCAGCUUGGCUAAAAAAUUUCGACCCCUUUCCUAGUGGUAUUUUCUUGUCUGUUGCACUAUAGUACUAGAACACGAUACUCUAAGCCUUUUCCUUGACUUUUGUAGUCAUGUCAGUCCUGUACCCAAGUGGCCUAAGGUUAGCCCAUACAAAAAGUCCUGGCUUUUAUGAUAGAAUUCUGUAAUUUUAACUGAGAACAAAGUCAAAUAUCACGGUCCUGCAAUUUUGCUAGCUCUUUUCAAAUUUUGGAGAUGCCGGACUACAGAAGAGAUGUUAAAGAGCUCUUAUCUUCCUUUUUAAUUCAGGUUGCUCAAGAAUAGAAGUAGCUAUCAUAUCUGGUUAUUUAAAGGAUGUGGAUCCAUGGAUAAUAUGCAUUAAAUCUGAUCUGAGAGCAAAUAUUCAGUAUGUUUUUCAUCAAUGGGAUAGUAACUAAACUUUUGAUUAAGUUGCACUAUAAUAUGCUAUCUGACACAUACAUUUGUAAGAAAAUGCUGAUUAGCAUAUAUAUGGAUCCCCAAAGCUAUUAACAACAUUGCCUGAGGAAAUUUUUGUAUUAGGCCAAUUUAAAAAUGCCUAUACUGCACGGUAUGUUACACUGGCAUAUAAUGUAUGUUUACUUUUCACCAUUCUUUUAAUUAAAAGUACAUUCCAGCUAAAACAUGCUUCUGUUAAACAGCCUCCUCUAAAAACAUUUAAUCUCACCCUAAGAAAAGCUGGCAGUUAUAGAACUGGCAUUGCUUGGCUAGCUAAAGAACAACCGGUGAACCUCAUUAUCAGUUCACUUUUCUCCUGAAGUCUCUGCCUAAGUUUGACUUUAUACUGUUCCAACUGAAGGAUUUACAAAGUUCUUAUUUUGUAAACACCUUUAAAGUUGGAAUCUCUUACAGUCAUCUGUCUCAAGUAUGGUCAGUCUUAAAUGAGUAUUGCUGGCUUCUUCACUUAUUUUCUUUCAUAGUUAAAAAGAAAGAACAGGACUAGAACAGAUAAUUUCUGUCUAUUCAUCCUUCAUUGAAAAUCUGAAACCCAGGUAGAAAACUAGCACAUAUAGACAGAAUGCCUGACUAAUAGAUAGGUGUGCACAUAGUUUAAGAACUUAAUACAUUCGCAUGGUAACACGUGCACACCCUUGUGGCAUAUUGGAUUUAUGGCAUAAUGGUGAUUAGAGUAAUCAUGUUUUAAAGCAAAAUUAAUAUUUUCUGUACCUGUUUAUUAUUUGAGAUUAUAUGUCUAAUCUGGUAUAAUUGAGACUCAAAUCCCACAGCAUAUAAAGGAUGAGUGAUUUAUAUUCAAGUUAGUCCCUGUGAAGAAAACAUCUCACAAAAAAUGUAGCUUCAAGUAGUCAGGGACUCUGCUAUUGGAAAAUGCUCUGUCACCAUGAAUGACUAAAAAGCUGCAAUAUGAACUUAGUUUUUUUUCCUAUUAAGAGG